UGAUUAGUUCAAAAUAUAAAAAUAUUUACAUUUGAGUCGAAGGCCAAACGACGCUGUUUUGGAUGAAAAACGGUUUUCUUCCUCGAACGCGGAGUGUUGGAUCGGAUGUGAGUGAAUCAGCGAUGAUGGCAGGAGCAGAGAAAUUCGUGGAUGCUGAUAACGCGGAGGCUAUAAUAACAAGAAUCGAGCACAAAUCGAGAAAGAUCGAGAGCUUACUUAAACAGAAUAAGCCCGUUGAAGCUCUUAAAACUGCGCUCGAAGGAUCUCCUCCUAUGACACGUGACGAGCGAUGCAAGUCGGCGAAUUGGAUAGUUGUGCAUAGAGCACUAAUGACUAUAAAAGAUGUCGAAGGAAUGUUCUCUUCUUUGGAUCCCGAGUACUAUGAUAUUCUUAUGAAGUAUUUAUAUAGAGGAUUGUCAACAGGAGAUCGCCCUACAUGUGAUCAGUGCCUUAGGAUCCAUGAGAAGCUGACGGAGAGAGCUGGCUUGGGAUGCAUACUUCGUUCCCUUGCAGACACUGUGAAUACAGUUUGACUCUAAUAGGCGUUUUCCUUUGAAUUAUGUUGUUAAGUGUUGUUCCUAAAUAAUUGAAUUGCUUGAGAAGCUUUCCUGUGACAGCUUUUCCCCAUAAUUUGGAUUUCCAUAUUAGAGUCACGAUCAUUUGGGUUA